CAAAUGUCAAAAUAACUCAUGCGCAGUUGCGCGAAGAAAAAAACCCGCUCUGUUCGGCACAUAAAGAAAAGUGUGAAACAUAAAACGUGAAAUUUUGGCAGCAGAGAAGAAGGAAAACGCGUUUUCGAGUUUUCCACGCGGAAAAAACAAAGGGAAAACCUGUGAAAAAGUGGUGAGAGUAAACGGAAUAUGAUGUCUGGGCAUGACUUGUCGCGAAAUGAAGUGAUUCAGCUGCUGAUGCGUGUGGGAAUUGCAUCCCUGGUCACAUUUUUCUCCCUUAAAUACCUAAUGAAUGCCCUGGAUCCUACGAAACAGAGCAAAAAGAAGGCCAAAAGUCGGGCAGAGCACCAGCUAAGAAGGUUGAAGAAACUCGAGGGGGUCUCUGUGGAUUCCAAUUCCUUCUCCGAAUAUGAAUUGGUCAUUGCAAGUCACUUAGUUGUCCCGGAAGACAUUACAGUCACAUGGAAGGACAUUGCGGGGCUCGAUACGGUGAUCCGGGAACUGCGCGAGAGUGUUGUCCUUCCCAUCCACUACCGUAGUAUGUUUCAUAAAUCGCAGCUUUAUCAAGCACCAAAGGGAGUACUCCUCCAUGGGCCACCAGGAUGUGGAAAGACCUUGAUUGCCAAGGCAACCGCCAAGGAGGCUGGAAUGCGCUUUAUCAAUUUAGAUGUAGCCAUGCUGACGGACAAGUGGUAUGGUGAGUCUCAGAAGCUUGCUUCGGCUGUGUUUACACUGGCUGAGAAACUUCAACCAUGUAUCAUCUUUAUCGAUGAGAUUGAAUCCUUCUUGCGAUCACGAAAUGUCAAUGACCACGAAGCUACAGCCAUGAUGAAGACACAAUUUAUGGCUCUCUGGGAUGGGCUUAGCACUGAAUCCGAUUCGAUAGUUAUUGUAAUGGGUGCCACAAAUCGACCACAGGAUCUCGACAAGGCCAUCCUACGUCGAAUGCCAGCACAAUUUCACAUUGGACUACCCUCUGAGGAACAGCGUGGUCGCAUUCUACGUCUUAUCCUGUCCACGGAGUCCAUAACUAAAGAUGUGGACUUCAAUCGCUUAGCCAAGCUCACGACGGGAUUUUCCGGAAGUGAUUUGCGUGAACUGUGUCGUCAUGCUUCCGUCUACCGGAUUCGUGAGCUUAUGGAUGAUUUUGACAAUGCCGGAGGUGUGGCAAAGACAGCAGAACCACCGGCUAUUUCCAUGGAAGAUCUACUGAAUUCUUUUGCUAAAAUGCGCUAUUCUUAUUCAUAA